AUGGCUUCUGCUGAAACUGCAGCAAUUGAGAUGCCAGCCCUGGGCCGCCCUCUCCGGCUGGGGAUGCUGUACGACUGCCGCAGUGACACGCUCAUACCAGGUAUCGCUUUAUGGAACACCGAUACCCUUAGCAAACAAGUGGGGACAACGAUGCAGCACAAGGCUGAAUUUCAAAUCAUUGCAUCUGACACUAUGGAAGCUAAGGCCUCUGCUCUCAGUCUCUCAGGAUCCCUAAAGGCGAGUUUCCUGGGGGGCCUGGUAGAAGUGAAUGGAUCAGCAGCAUUUUUAAAUGAUACCAAGAGCUCCAAAAAUCAAGCCCGAGUUACUUUGAAAUAUUCAGCAACAACCAAGUUUGAGCAGCUGGCCAUAAGCCAUUCAGAGCACCAGAAUGUCUCUUAUCCUGCUGUAUAUGACCAAAAGAAAGCAACCCAUGUGGUCACGGCUGUGCUGUAUGGGGCUCAGGCUUUCUUUGUGUUUGACAGGGAAGUUUCUUCAACUGAGAGUGUAGUAGAGAUACAGGGAAACAUGAAACUUAUGAUAGAAAAAUUACCAAAAAUUUCAGGAGGAGGAGAGGGGCCCGUGAAAAUGGAGUACAAAAAAGCAUCAGAGACUGAAAACUUCAGUUGCACGUUCUAUGGUGAUUUUGCUCUUGAGAACAAUCCAGUUACUUACCAAGAUGCCAUGGAAAUUUAUUCCACCCUCCCAAAGCUGCUGGGUGACAAUGGGGAGAAGGCCGUACCAGUGAGAGUCUGGCUGUACCCAUUGCAGCUGCUGGAUUCCAGAGCUGCUAAGCUGGUGCGUGAGAUCAGCAUAACACUGAUCUUUGAUGCUCAAACAGCCUUGGAGCAACUGACUGAACUGGACAUGCGAUGCAAUGACAUGAUGAAAAAUCCAAUUGCCACAACCUUCCCCGAAAUCAAAAAGAAAAUCCAGCAAUUCAAAGAUCUCUGUCAGCAACACAGACAGACAUUCCAGAAACAACUAGCAAGAAUCUUACCUGCUAUCCGUGGAGGUGGAGCAGAGGAAGGGGCCCUGGUGGACAUUUUAAUAAGCAAAAAGCAAUCACCAUUCAAUACACAGAGACUCAAUGAAUUUCUGGAUACCAAGGAGCGAGAGAUGAAUUUAGUGGAUUCCUACCUUACUAGGCUACAGAAUGUGGAAGUUGUAUCCUCCGAGAGUGAACUAGAAAAAAUAGUCCUCAGCCCUGAGCAUGACUCUGUUGUGUCUUUCACACUCACUUCAAUACACAACAAAGAACCAUAUUUAUCAGAUUUGAACUUUUGGCUUCAAAGACAGUUUCUGGAGAAAAAUCAUGAUUCAGCCUCAGCCAGUUCUCCCUAUGAGACAUCAAACUCCAAACAGUGGUUUGAGGAUGAAGAGAUAAAAAGAAAAGCACGAAAAUUCGCCAAGUCCUUCUCUGACUUUACCAAGGUCAAUAAAUCUCAAGCAAAGACCCGGUUCAUUGUGGCCUCUGUUCCAGAUGAGGAACAUCCAGGAGCUUCCAUUUACCUGUAUGCAGAUGGAGAGCUGGUCAGCACCAACUUUGAGCCCCCAUCAAAACCACUCCCUCCUCUGAUUGAUGGAAUCAGACACAAUUGUGUGCAGCUCACAUUUAACCCAUCAGACUCUGGAAGGGCUGCGAUAUCCGGCUAUCUGGUAGAGUACAGAAUUGUAGGGCAGGAGAACUGGACAGCUGUGGAUGUAAAUAGCACACAAGAGACAUUCACAGUAACAGGGCUACGUUCAAACACCGAGUACCAGUUCCGAUACGCUGCAGUGAGCGAACCAGGGCUCAGCGAGAGCAGCGACGUGAGUGAUCCUGUGAAGACUCUUCCCCCUACCAGCCCUCCUGGGAACCUGGCAAUGGCCACUGUAGAAUUAUUUUCCAUCACCCUCACCUGGGAGAGUCCAAGUGUCAUUGAAGAUGGAGUCGGUAUAAGGGAGUAUCAGGUGGAAUAUAAAGAGGAGGCUGGAGGUGAAAUAUAUGAGCAGAAAGACAAAUGGCUGGAACGAAGGACAGGAGACAGAACUGGCUCUUGUAACAUUGCUGAACUGAGGCCUGAGACGACCUACAGAUUCAGAGUGUCGGCUGUGUGUGCGGAUGGGGCUGUGAGUGACCCAAGCCUAAGAGCUGCCAGACUGUACAUUGAGAAACCUGAACUAAGGAUUGUUCUUGUUGGUAAAACUGGAGCUGGGAAAAGUGCAACGGGAAACUCCAUCCUUGGUGUGAAUCUGUUUGAUUCUAAAAUCUCAGCAAAAUCUGUAACGGUGACAUGUACGGUCAAGAAAAGAGAUUGGAAAGGCAGGGACAUUGCAGUCAUUGAUACUCCUGGUCUUUUUGACACAAAAAUACCUUUAAAAGAAACUGUGAAAGAAAUAGGGCGUUGUGUGGUAGUCUCCUCCCCAGGACCCCAUGCUAUAGUUCUGGUGAUGCAGUUGGGUCGUUUCACUGAAGAAGAGAAAAAUACAAUUACAAGAAUACAAGACAUUUUUGGGCAAAAAGCUACGGAGUACAUGGUCUUCUUGUUCACCAGAAAAGAUGACUUAGAUGGUUGUACUUUACAGGAUUAUUUAAAAGAUUCCAGUGACAAAGAUCUUCAGAAGCUGAUGAAAAAGUGCGGAAAUCGAUGCUGCGCUUUCAACAACAAAGCGAAAGGACAGGAGCAGGAAGCCCAGAUUUCAGAGCUGAUUGAAAUGACUGAUAAGAUGGUGCAACAGAAUGGAGGCUCACAUUAUACUAAUAACAUGUAUAAAUAUGCUCACAUGAAACUUCAAGAAAAAAUCAAGAUACUCAGAGAAAACUGUAAGGAAGAGAUGGAAAGAAAAGAAAGAGAGCAUGAUGAGGAAUGUAAAAAUAUAGAUAAGGAGCUAAAGAAGGAAGGCUCAGAUGAUGGAAUCACUUUGAAACAAAAGACCCAACAGAAGGAGGCCCUAGGACAAAAACUGGAAAAAGAUUUAGAGAAAAUAAAUAACAGCUACCAGGAAUGCCUAAGUGAACUCAGGGAACAAGCUGAUGAUGCUUCUAUAAUAGAAGCCAUUUUAUUAGAAUUCACACAUACAUUUUCAAAAAUCAAAUGCUGGUUUGGAUAA